AUGUCAUCCCUCCAAGACUUGGGUCUUGAACUUUGGGUUCUUGUGUACCACCUCUAUGCAAAGCACACAGAUGUACCAACAACAGCGUUUCGGGAACUAGCACUGCGUACUCGAUGUGUAUGCAGAAGCGAGGAUCUUCAAGUCGCUACACGACCCUCACUUUUGGAAAACACGCAGUGGUUUCGAGAGAUGUCCGAGCGCUACAAGGCACUACGUCAACAUUUGAGGGAAUCCAAUAUAGAAAGUGUAAUGGAGGCUGCAGAAUUAACGCGUAGCUUUUAUCCUACAGGGUGUUCAGUCUCAGAGUAUGCGGACGCCUUGCAAACAUGCGCUGCUAUGCUUUCAAAGACUAUACCAAGUCAGAAGUUAUCUCGUUUCGUUGAAGGCCGUUUAGAGGAACUUGCGUCACUAGGCCAAAAAACUCUUACUGUAGACGAACUCGUCGAUGAUCUCAUAGAACGACCAUUGCUGGAUGCCAUGACACCAUCUCAAUGGUGGCAACACGAUACUUGUUCUGAUGGUGCUCCAUCUCUUAGAAGUGUUAUGUUGCGAUCUCAUCCACUACAAAUAGACAUUUUGUAUACGUGGUGUGGAAAGAUGCGAUGUCAACAUAUUCAUCUUGUAGGUAUAUUACAUGAAGAUGCUCCAACGGCGCCACUUGCGAAACGACUUGCACGCACGCAUGGUGCAUUGUUAAGUGAAGAACAGUUUCGUACUUAUCUGCUUCGAUUGCAGAGUCUUAUGAAGGGAGUUGUAGAUGGUGGGAAUAAGAACAAAUCCUCUAGUGAGGGUAUGUCGUCUUCCUAUCAUCCUAAUCAUGCUGAUCAGGAAUACCAGCAUAAGAACUCUGUUCCAGAGGUAAAAUUAAGUGAAACAACCACUGGAAAGAAUAAUGAAAUAGAUAGUAGGAGUUUUUCUACUACUGCCGAGACGUCUACUCGUGGUGGAAAUAAAGCUGAUGUUGGAUUACUCUAUCGUGACCCGGAUGCGGCCAUGGAUAAUGUAGAUUUAAAUGAUGCUGAUGAUGUCACAUUGCAGGAAUUCAAAGCAAAAAUGGAUGAGAAGUUUAUGGAAAAGAUUGUACGGCCUGGAGACCCAGACUACGUGUAUGAUAAACGAGUCGAAGCCAAGCCAACAGAGCGCAGUGAGUGGGAUGAUUCUGACUGA